UCUACUUUGACCCUUGUCUUUCUUGUGGAAACCUGAGACAGGAUUCAGGGUGCCUUUUCUGAGUGAAAGGUAUAAUAAUUUGAAGCGUUGCAUUUUCCAAAAUCUAGGUGCUGUUAUUAGAUCUAGAAUUCUCCAGUUUUCCUACCAGUGUUGUUCAAAUGGUGGGUUUGAAUGUUGGAGACAGAUGCUAGCCGCGAAGUUAACUUGUGUCAACAACGGCGAUACUGAAGAGUCACGGCAACAUCGUCAAUUCUGUGACUGGAUUAAAUCGCAGAAAUUCAAGAGAUAUCCUGGACAGAAAACGUCAGAAAAAGGUGCUAGAAAUCUCGAUAUCAAAAGUUAAGACAUGGCCAGUAGUGACACAUUGACCAGUGUAGCUGCCAUCAUUGUGCUGUAUUACAUCAGUACAUUAACAGCACGUUGGACCUACGAUCCAAGCUUAUUAAGAACAAGCCUCACCUUACCCUGGGACGACACUGGCGUGGACGAUUCCUUUAUAAUGUAUGUGGUUCAUCUGUACCGGAGCAUUGACCGGAACUGCACGGAUGUGUACAGGCCACCAAUGGUACAAGAAAUCCCGGUAUAUGUGUUGAGACAGGCCACAUUCGUAGGCUUGCAUCCUGGAACAUUAUACUGCAGAAAUUGCACGAUCGUGACAACAAAUGGCAACAGAAGCUGUGGGGGUUUCGGCCCAAUAAUGACCAAUAAUGCUUCCGAUCGGACCCUUAGGUCCUUCAACUCCGUGUCUGUCAACAACACCAGUAUCACAGUCACCUGGCCGUCUUUCACAGAACAACGGGAACGUGGUCAUCUGAAUAUAACAGAAUUCUUCUAUUACAGGCUGAGCAUCGUGCCACAAGAAAAAGGUGUAAUAAGUCCACAGAUCAUCUUCAACGAGUCCGUAUUGCAGACAACUUUUAGUGAACUCACUCCGGGAAAGGAAUACGAGAUUGAGUUAACAACAGCUGGGGCCUCGUACGUGUACAUCAGCAAACAUUUACCUUAUUAUUGGAGGAUGCUAACAAUAGACAUCAUUUCGACUGAUCCGUCUUCUGCUGAAAAAGUGUCAGCUGUUACCACGGGUUCGACAUCUGUAACUUUGAAAAUGACACCACCAAAGGAAGGGUUUAUAGACCUGUUCCAAAUACAGGCGACUUCACAACAUCACACCAGCCCACUUGUAGACGUACCUUUUCCAGACGAGACCCAAGAAAGUGUGAGAGCGACUCUGUAUGACCUGCAGCCUGAGACCGCCUACAAUGUUUCAGUUACAACAGUCGCCAAGGGGAAAAAGGGCCAAGCUAAGGUUGUUACCUUUACAACAGAGGCUGUUCCCGUCGAUCCAAAACUCGUGGGCUCAAUCACAGCUGUACUCGUGGUUGCUCUGAUGGCAGCAGCCUUUUGUACUGUGAGGAUAGUCAAGCGGCUCAGGUACAAGUUAGACCCGGCAAAGCUGUUCAAAGAAGUUCUGGAGGACAUUGUUGGGUCUGAGAAGAUGGGGCCAUGGCUAAAGAACAGGAAGAAUCUAUAUCUUGAGAAUCUGAUCGGGGAGGGAGAAUUUGGUCACGUGAGGAAGGGUGUGCUGCGAGAAGAAGGACAACAGGCCGUCAUUGUAGCGGCCAAAACCUUGAGAGUGGACCGAGCCAACGAAACCACUUACCGCGACUUCGCGAAGGAAGCAAGUCUGCUCAUCGAAGUCAACGAUGAUGGAGGUCACGUGAACAUCGUCAGUCUGAUCGGACUGGUCGUUGAUGCAGUUAACAAGAAAGAUCCACGGUACAUUCUGGUUGAGUACGCUGAGCCAGGAGAGUUGCUCUGGUAUCUGGUGAGCAUACAAAACAACCGGCACCGGGCAGGCUUUCCGCCGGGCUUAGGGCGACAGCUCACCGAGGUGGCCAUCGACAUCGCCCGAGGGAUGCUCGAACUCAAACGACGACGGAUCAGCCACCGUGACCUGGCUUGUAGGAACAUCGUCCUGACCUCUCCUGGUGACCAGGCCGGACGGCUGGUCGCCAAAAUCUCCGACUUUGGACUAGCCCGUGACGUGUACGUGACGACACAGUACAUGAGGCACCCUCUGACAAAUGUACUGCUUCCAAUCAAGUGGAUGGCGUUAGAGUCUCUUAUCGAGGGUGUUUACAGCUGCAAGAGUGACAUGUGGGGAUUUGGAGUCGUCUUGUGGGAGAUAGGGACUUUGGGAGGAACCCCUUAUCCCGAGGUUCAUGGCUACGAGACACUGGUGACGAGGCUCCGCCGAGGGCACCGCCUGCAGAAACCAAACGGCUGUUCAGACGAGCUGUACGAACUGAUGACCCUCUGCUGGCUGGAUGACCCGGAUGUACGACCCACACCUGACGUCAUGGAGGACAGGCUGGAACAACUGCUGCAACAGAACAGGGCUUUCUUCCCGGAGACCUAGGAAACUGCUCACACGUGGAUAUCCAGCUGAAGCUUUUGUAAUGAUUGCCUGGUUCUUGCGACCAUCAAUGAGAUCAGCUUAUUUCUGCCUUGUAAAACAUGUCAAAACUGACUUUACAAUAGUCAGUAACAGUUAUAUAAAAGUAACGUACGAUAUAGAUGGCUAGCUGUGAAAAGACCUGCGCUCUGUAUUUAUAGCUAUUUUCUAUACUCCACAUCGAGCAACGAUUAAAACCAGUGUAAGGACGAAGUGGUUCUAUACACACAUGAACAUAGGUUUCUUGAUAUAACAAGUCUAAUUUUGUUUUUGACGUUACUUUUUAAAUUUAAAAAUAAUUCAGUAUUUGCAGAAGUUUACGAUUUGCGUGUUAUUACUUUUUUUGGUGGAAAACUACUUUUCUGAAAUAGCGUAUUACCUUGUUUUCCCUUUAGUUAACGUUGUUGACCCAUAUGUUGUUAAUGAUAAAGUUAACAGUCACCGUGCAGAAGUCGAUUUAGUCCGCCAUUUUGACAGUGAAUAACUAUUGCCUUAGGAGUUCACGAAACACCAUGAUUGUUGUUAUGUUUGUGUAUCAAAUUAGCACGGCAACCUGGACAACACCUCAAGUGUCUAUUGUAGUUUAUUUUAUGUCAUACCUGUGCAACGAUAACGUUCGAUACAGGUGUUCCGGACCGGAUGAUAGAUACGACACGGUGUAUUCCGUAUCACCCGAGGUAUCACUUGCCCGAAAAAAUGAUCUUACGAGGGCUGGUACCUCGUGCGAUACGGAAUACACCGUGUUUUAUUCUAUAUGUGUAUAGAUUUAUUGACCUAACAAGUCUGAUCUUGUUUGUGACGUUACUUUUUAUAUCAAGAUUAACCAGAGUUCAGCAUUUGCGGAAGUAAUGUUAUAAUGUUUGUGUGUUAUUAUAAUAAACUAUAAUGAUAAUCAGAAA